GUCUCUGUGGAAAUAGAACAAGUCUCUUUGGCGUGAGUUUUCUCAACCUUUCCGGUCCUCCAUUUCGGGAUUAUUCGCAUUUUUGCGUCUCCCUCUGUGCUUUUUGGGCAUUUUGUGGCCUUCGUGGGGAACAUUGUGGUGCUGUGACAACGGGAAUUGACUCACCUCCGUUCAUUUUUCUCAUCGGAAUCACUGCCAACGUGGGAUUUCAGCUGCUCCUCCUUGAAUUCAGCAUUCGUCAUCAAUCUGCUGCUUCUCGAUCCUCCUGGAUUUAUCUGUGAGCCCACCAGGCAAUCAACAUACUGAGCUUCCAAAGUGAUAUUCCGGACGUUUUGUUGGAUGGGAGAGUAUUUUUUUCAACAAUUCCAAAAAUUUCGAGAAUUCCCGAUCAGGUUUCUUUGAAGGGUCAGUUGCCCUUCUUAACUGAGGGCUCUGGCCUAUUCUUCAUCACGUGGCAGCUGAAAUUGAACGGCGAACCACCGUGGUAAGGUGGAUUCCGUAUUGAAAAAAAGAAUUGUGUUUUAUAAAUCAUCAAACUGCCACUAAAGGCGUCAAAAGGAAUUUUCUCAGCUCAUUGAAAAGGCUUUUCUGUGCUUAAAACAAGAAAAUAAGAAAAGGAUUUAAAGAAAAAUCGAGAUAAAGAUAAGUAAAGAAGGACGAAACAUCAGCACGUAAAAGUUGGUGUGAAGAAGAUUUAAAGAAAAAAAUUAAGUCUGUGAACGUGAGAAGAAGAAGGAAGUUUUCGUGCCUGUAAAGAAAAGAAAGGAAAGAGAAGAAAAGAGAAAAUGAAGCUGCAACUGGAAAACAGUGAGAUCAGCCUGUUUGAAGGGCCCUUUGACGCUGAGCGGAUCUUCCGGGAGAAGCUGUACGAGCUCGAUGGGGGCCAGGAUGAGGCGCUCUUCGUGUGCAAUCUCACCGAUGUGGCGCACAAGUUUGUCAAUUGGUGCACAAAGAUGCCCCGCGUGCGCCCCUUCUACGCCGUCAAGUGCAACGACGACGACAACGUCAUCCGGCUGCUGGCGCGUCUCGGUGCGGGCUUCGAUUGUGCCUCACGCGCCGAAAUUAAUGCCGUCCUCAAGCAUGGCGUCACCCCCGACAGGAUUAUCUUUGCCAAUCCGGCGAAACCCGCGUCGCACAUUCGCCACGCCGCUGCCACCAAUACGCGCCUCAUGACAUUCGAUUCCACCGUUGAGCUCGAGAAGAUUCGCCAAAUUUACCCCGAUGCACAACUUGUUUUACGCAUUCGUUGCGAUGCAAAGAAGGCUCAGUGUCCGUUGGGGGAUAAAUUUGGGUGUGAUCCCAAAGUGGAGGCACCACUGCUGCUUGUUAAUGCGAAGAAUCUCGGUAUGUCCGUUGCAGGGAUUAGUUUCCACGUGGGCAGUGGAUGCCGUGAUCCACCGGUCUACAGGAAAGCCAUUGCCCAGGCACGUGAGCUCUUUGACUAUGCCCGUACUUUGGGCUACCGAAUGUCCCUCCUGGACAUUGGUGGUGGCUUCCCGGGGGACACGGGGACGGACAUUGGGGUCAUUGCGGACGUUGUGAAUGCAGCACUUGAUGAUUACUUCCCGGAAGUGGGGGCUGAAGGAGGGGAUUUUGUGGAGGUUAUUGCUGAACCCGGAAGGUACUUUGUCUCCUCGGCGUACACCAUUGGGGUGACGGUGCACUCGAAGAAUGAACAUUUGGAAUCCGAUGGGAAUGUGGCGCAUGUGAAGUUCUUUGUCAAUGAUGGCGUCUAUGGGUCUUUCAAUUGCAUCCUGUACGAUCAUCAGGUGGUCACACCGCAUGUCCUGGCGCGUAAAGCGGCAGAUGAGGAGGCAGCAGCAGCAGAAGCUCAACCAUUGGUGAAGUGCUCCAUCUGGGGCCCUUCGUGCGAUGGUUUGGAUAAGAUUUGCGACAAUUUGCAAUUGCCAAAUCUCGCAAUUGGUGAUGCCAUACUCUUCCCCAAUAUGGGUGCUUACACCAUUGCCAUCGCGAGCCCCUUCAAUGGUUUCCCCAUUCCGAAGGUUCUCUAUUUUGCCCAACACGACACAUGCGCCAUUAUGGAGUAACCGGCAGGUUAUCAAGAACUGGGGGUCCAGCAACAUUGGCCUAUCCAUCCCUGAGGACCAAUUUUUAAAACAUUUUAUUCAUUUUUAUUCUCUUUUUUUUUAAGCAACCCCCACACCUUUGCCAUUGGGGGUUGUUGUCUUUUUUUUGUAAUGAAAACCUUUUAUUUUCCGGGGGUUUUGUUUUUCCAAACGAAAGGGGUUGACAUUUUAUAAAAAUAAAUAAAAUGAGAAUGAAUCAAAA